AUGGCUCGUACCAAGCAGACCGCCCGUAAGUCCACCGGAGGGAAAGCUCCCCGCAAGCAGCUGGCCACAAAAGCCGCCCGCAAGAGCGCCCCGGCCACCGGCGGAGUGAAGAAGCCUCACCGCUACAGGCCCGGCACCAAAUCCACCGAGCUGCUCAUCCGCAAGCUGCCCUUCCAGCGCCUCGUCCGAGAGAUCGCCAGGACUUCAAGACCGACCUGCGCUUCCAGAGCUCCGCCGUCAUGGCUCUGCAGGAGGCCGCAGAGGCUUAUCUCGUCGGACUCUUCGAGGACACCAACCUCUGCGCCAUCCACGCCAAGAGGGUCACCAUCAUGCCCAAAGACAUCCAGCUGGCACGCCGCAUCCGCGGAGAGAGGGCCUAGACCCCCCGCAACAGACAUUCCACACACACAACCCGCCAACCAACGGCUCUUCUCAGAGCCACAACCUCCCCCCACACAGAGCUCUACACUACCGAACUACAAUGACUACAACACCCGGGAACAGGCUUCUGUUGUCAGGGAAAUCUCGGCACUUCCUCCUCUCAGCCCCCCCCGGGACCGCCAUUCCCUUUACUGGUUUUAUUCAUUAUUAAUACGCUCAUAA